AUGGCUAGCGAGAUGCGCCAGCCGUGGGAACCAACCAAAGACCACGCCUUGCUCCACAUAUACGACGGUGGCUUCAUCAGACACAUAUAUCUUGAGUUCAAUCUGCCCAUCCCCAAGCCUCCACACCACGUCUCCGAAAUAGAGCCCAUCGGUCCGUGGUUUGGACAUGCGGAGGUGGCCGGAGAUGCCGAUGAAGACGAACAACAAGAACAACAACAGCAUUUAGAGGAGCAGGGCCAUCAUCGACGCCGUGCCUUCCGUUUCAGCACUUUGGCAGGGCUCUUCAUUGUCUUCCUGUGCAUCAUCCUGCCUCUCUUCCCGUCUCUGGAACCGCUGGUCUACCUAGGCCUAGCAGCCUUCUGGUUGGCAAGCUAG